ACACUUCUCGUAUUGACUCUUAAGCACUAUGGUCUCGCUUUGAGCCUGGGGAGUCAGUUCAUCUACCACUCGAUGCCACGUCUUCUUAGUCUAUGGCUUGACUAUAGUGCGACUACAACCAAUGUGCGUGCUGCUUCAUCCCACAACCAACGCUCUGCAUGUACAGGCGACAGUGCCACCUUCGCCGAGAUACAGGAGCUUAUGCUGCACAACAAGCAGCGCAUUCCCGCCUACCAAUUCUACACGGCAUUGGGUCAGAUUCUGUCUCGACUGUGCCAUGAGCACCCGGAGAUUGUCUUAAUGUUAACUGACCUGGUAGUGCGCAUUUUCAUAGCCUAUCCUCAACAGACGAUCUGAUGUGCUGCUAUUUGCUAUCUUUAG